AGAAAAGGUUCUGGAUUUGGAUAACACAUACGGAGACAGAGAUGGCGUCGGCCUCUUCUCUCAUAAUCUCUUCAACAAUCCCACUUUCAUCUUCUUCAAAAUGGGUUUCAAUUCCCAUGUCCUUUUACCUAAAUAACAAUUGCUGUAAUCGAUUCAGUUUCCGUAAAACCACCUCUACGGUUUCCGUAAACCCCUUACGCCCCACUUCAAGAAACCCUAAAACCCUAGUUGUUAAAGCUGCUGAAUACAAAUUUCCAGACCCAAUUCCCGAAUUUGCUGAAGCUGAGACCGAGAAAUUUAAGAGUCAUCUCAUCGAGAAACUAUCAAAGAAGGACGUAUUUGAAGAUUCUGUUGAUGAAGUGGUUGAAGUCUGUACUGAGAUCUUUGCAAAAUUCAUGCAUGAGGAAUACGGUGGCCCGGGAACUCUCAUGGUUGAUCCUUUUUGGGAGAUGGCUGAUACCAUUAACCAGGGUGAAUUGCCUGGAGGGCCGCAAGCGGCUCGUGCUGCAGUUAAAUGGGCACAAGAUCACGUUGAUAACGACUGGAAAGAAUGGAAUGGCAAUUAACACAACAGCAACCGUGGUCUUUCAUGGCAGCUUGAUCAUAUCUACUGUUACACAAGUAGUCAGAUUGAUGUCCAAGAGGUACCAAGUGGCAACAAAUGCACAAAUCCUGUGCCAAAGUUAAUGAGAUAGCCUAUUGUAGAAGUUCCAUAUUUUUGUAAUGUAGGUCACUGAACAAGUUUUUUGCCUAAUAGAUCAGGUUUACUAUUUGAGGUA